CUCCCCCUCCUCUCUCGCUUUCAAACUCAUUUUCAUCGCAGCUUCCCUCUCAAACAUCAAGAAAUCAACUCUAUUUCUCUAAUCUAAUGGCCACGGAUUCCUCUUUAGCUCUAUCUCAAUCUGACCAAGAAAAUCUCUUGGAAGAACUUGGUAUUUUCAAGAUUCAAGGCCGUGAUAAAGGUGGGCGUAAGGUUCUUCUCAUCACCGGCAAGCACUUCCCUGCUCGGGAGGUGAGCGGUGAGGUGUUGAAGAAAUACUUGGAGGAGAAAAUAUAUCCAAAAUUAGAAGAAAAGCCAUUUUCGGUGGUGUAUAUGCACACAGAUGUUCAAAGGAGUGAGAAUCUCCCUGGGAUUUCGACCCUUCGAUCAAUUUACGAGGAUAUUCCGAUCAGCGUCAAGAAUCAUCUUGAAUCUAUUUACUUUUUGCAUCCGGGGCUUCAAGCCAGGCUCUUUCUUGCCACUCUUGGUCGUUUUCUCUUCAGUGGAGGGUUAUACUCGAAGCUGAGAUACGUGACAAGGCUGGAGUUUCUGUGGGACCAUGUGAGGAGGAGUGAGAUUGAGAUACCGGAAUUUGCUUAUGAUCAUGAUGAGGAGCUGGAGUACCGUCCGAUGAUGGAUUAUGGAUUAGAGAGUGAUCACCCCGGAGUGUACGGCGGGCCAUCUAUGGAUAAUAAUCAUCUUUCAUUGUAUUCAAUGCGAGGCAUCGCGUAGCAUUCGGAUGUUUUUGGGGUUACUUUCUAUGUAUAAAUUGGAGGAUGGAAUGUGUUUUCGUUUC